AUGAUGAAGUAUUGUCCUCCAAAUGUGACACUUGGAGAGAUAUGGGUGGAUCACGGCAUAUCACAAUGUUUCAUGGAGACCGUAUCUGCUGUGUUCAUAGGUGGAUUCCUAUUGGUCUUGGGAACCACACAAAUUGUUAUUUACAAAAGACAUGCCACUGAGGUGAUGGAUGUCCGAUCAUCGAAGCUUUUUGGAGUUCAGAUGUUUUUUACUCUUUUAGUACCAGUGUUGGCUGUAAUAAGGUUUCUGUUACAAGCAUUAUUGUUCAAAAGUGGUUGUGUGUAUGGUUAUAUGGUAGUUGCAUUAACAGUUACUCUGGUAGUAUUUCCAUUGUCGGCCUACUUAGCGAUCCUCGAGAGGAGGUUCUUAUUACCGUCCGUGCCUCCUAGAGGUCACGGUUUUGUACUCUUGGUUUUUUGGGCUAUGAUAUUCGUAUCGGAGAAUUUAUCAUUUUUGAAUAUCAACAAAGAAGGAUGGUGGUGGCACUUAAAAAAUCUUCAAGAUCGCCUCGAAAUGUCAUUGUUCGUCGGUCGUUACGUGUCGUGUAUGAUAAUGUUCGUGCUCGGUAUGAAGGCGCCGGGCAUCAUGCACCACUUCGACUACUUAGAGGACGAACACGAAGGCCGAAGGAAUAUACAGCCACGCGAUGACAACAGAUCGACGUUCAGAAAUGUUUUUACGAAAUUGCGCACACUCCUUCCAUUCCUGUGGCCGAAGAAGAAUUUCAUCCUCCAACUCUAUGUACUCAUAUGUAUACUGGCUCUCAUCGCUGGAAGAGCUAUCAAUCUAUACGUCCCUAUAUACAACAGGCUGAUAUUUAACAGCAUAUCAGAACCGCCUCUCUCCUUCCGCUGGGAUCUGGUAUUGAUAUAUGUGUUUUUCAAGUUCCUCCAAGGAGGGGGUACCGGCGGAAUGGGUUUAUUGAAUAAUAUGCGUUCGUUUUUGUGGAUCAAGGUCCAACAAUACACCACAAGAGAGUUGGAGCUGGAACUGUUCAAGCAUCUCCAUGAUUUGCCUUUACGCUGGCAUUUGUCUCGCAAAACCGGAGAAGUCCUCAGGGUGAUGGACCGAGGAACGGAUUCCAUAAACAAUCUCCUCUCGUACAUUCUGUUCUCUAUCACUCCAACGCUGGUCGAUAUCUUGGUGGCAGUCAUCUACUUUGUCACGGCGUUCAAUAUUUGGUUCGGACUAAUCGUUUUUACUACAAUGAUCCUGUAUAUUAUCGCAACAAUAGCAGUGACGGAAUGGCGCACGAAGUUCCAACGUCGCAUGAAUCUCGCCGACAACGAGCAGAAGGCUCGCUCGGUCGACUCUCUGUUGAACUACGAGACUGUUAAAUAUUACGGAGCGGAAUCUUAUGAAGUGAUGUCUUAUAGAGAAGCCAUCCUUAAUUAUCAGAAAGAAGAGUUUAAAUCAUUGUUCACAUUAAACAUUUUGAACACCAUUCAAAAUAUCAUCAUCUGCAGCGGCUUACUCGCCGGUUCGUUGCUCUGCGUGUCGUUGGUGGUGAAGACGGCUGAAUUCACUGUCGGUGACUACGCUUUGUUCGCGUCGUACAUAGUGCAGCUUUACGUUCCCUUGAAUUGGUUCGGAACAUAUUACAGAGCUAUACAGAAGAAUUUCGUGGACAUGGAGAACAUGUUCGACCUGCUGAGGGUGGAUACGGACGUGCGCGACGCGGCCGGGGCGCCCGAGCUGGUGGUGCGGCGCGGCGGAGUCGAGUUCAAGCACGUGUCCUUCGGAUACGGCUCCGAGAGGCUCGUCCUUAACAACAUCAGUUUUAAAAUCGCCCCCGGAAGCACAGUUGCAUUGGUCGGGCCCAGCGGAGCGGGAAAAUCGACGAUAAUGCGUCUAUUAUUCCGUUUUUACGACGUGAACGAGGGCGCCGUGCUGGUGGACGAGCAGGACGUGCGCACCGUCACGCAGGCCUCGCUGCGCGCCAACAUCGGCGUCGUGCCGCAGGACACGGUGCUCUUCAACAACACCGUCAGAUACAACAUUCAAUACGGAAGAUUGAACGCGCCCGCCGCUGAUAUAAUAUCUGCCGCCAAGAACGCGGACAUUCACGACCGAAUACUGACGUUUCCCGACGCUUACGAUACGCAGGUUGGAGAAAGGGGCCUUAGGCUGAGCGGUGGCGAAAAGCAAAGAAUAGCUAUUGCACGAACGAUCUUAAAAGAUCCCGCCAUUGUCCUGCUCGACGAAGCUACUUCUGCGCUGGACACGAACACAGAAAGAAAUAUUCAAGCCGCGUUGGCACGAGUGUGCGCGAACAGAACUACCCUUAUAAUUGCACACAGGCUCUCAACGAUCAUUCAUGCCGACGAAAUACUGGUCCUUAAGGACGGCGAGAUUAUCGAACGUGGAAACCAUGAAGCCCUCCUAGCGCAGGCCGGGUUCUAUGCGUCCAUGUGGCAACAGCAACUCGAGAAUCGAAACAGCAACGGUAACAACGAUGAUGACGUCAGCGGCGGCGAAGGGAACAACAACCAGAGGAGCCAAAUCGUCGCGCCCGUGUUCGGUCACGGCCAUGGUCAUGGGCAUGGUCAUUAAAACGGUUUUAGAAAAUCAAUCAGGGUACUAGGAAAUGGUUCGUGGGACAAGUCGUUUAAUAUCGUAUUUAGUAGGGUAGUUGACUGUUGUCGUUUUUUAUUGAAUACCCUACAAUUUCAUAAUAAGUUUUGAAGGGAGAAAAAUGAGUAUCGUGACGCACGUGAGCUUGACGCUAUGUAAUUUUAGUGCGCUCUCUUUCAAGCGUGAAAUUAAAAAAAAAAUACAAUUUCUGAUUAAUAACCAUCAGUCAAUCUACUUAUUGCUUGUACACGGACUUGACAAAUCGCUUUCAAGAUGAAAGCAUUUGACUGAUAUUUUUAUUAAGGAUGGCGCAAUAUUAUAUUUUUUGUGUAGUUUAUACAGUGAAUACAGUGAAGUAGGCGAUGUUGUACAUUAAUAGACAUUGUGCUGGUGUAAAUGUGAAAUGUACCUUCUAGUAUUAAUCACGUUGACGAUAAUUUUUUGUUCUGUUUCAGUGCUAUCUAAUAAAAUUGUUUUUUUUUUUC